UUCUUAGGAUGGCAUGGUUGUUGCCAGUUUCUUUUUUUCUGCGUGAAGGUCUGAAAAGUUAAUGAUAACCAAUGUGAAUUACUUAACUGUGUCCACCAUCUAGUCUGGACAUGUGUCCAUACCAGGGGAGAACACAUGGAAACCUCCCUGCAACAGCUGACCCGUGGCAAUGCUCUGUUGCUCAUCAUUAUUUUGGGAAUUGGAGGAACCUUUCAACAUGGUUACCAAUUGACUGGUUUAAGUUCUCCCUCCCCGUACAUACAGUGUUUCAUCAACAGCAGCUGGUACGACAAAUAUGGCGAGCCUCCACCUGCACAGACCGUCACGAUGAUCUGGUCUCUCAUUGUGUCCCUAUAUGCUAUCGGGGGACUCUUUGGUGCUGUCAGUGUCAAAUUGAUCUCAGGCAGGCUGGGAAGAAAAAAGGCGGUGAUCUUGAACAACUUUAUUGCCAUUGUUGCGGGAGGGAUCAUGUUGACAAGUAAAAUGGCCAAUUCUUAUGAGAUGGUCAUCGUAGCAAGGAUCCUGUAUGGCUACUCAGCAGGUUUGGGAUUGAGUAUCCAUGUGAUGUACCUCGGAGAGAUUUCCCCCAGAAAGAUAAGAGGCAUAGUGACUUUCACCUCAGGGACCUUUUUGUCCCUCGGCAAACUGUCUGGGCAGUUCUUUGGAUUAAGCGAGAUCCUCGGUCGUGAAGAGCUGUGGAACAUCGUUCUCUGUGUCCCUUCAUUUUUCUCACUGGUUACUGUCAUAGUCUUGCCUUUUCUUCCUGAGGCUCCCAGAUACCUACUCAUAGAGAAAGGUGACGAUAAGGCCUGCAAAAAAGCCCUCCAGAGUCUGUGGGGCCAGGGCGACUACAAGGAAGAGAUGGAUGAGAUGUUGGCUGAGCAGUCAGCCAUGAAAGCAGCACCACCAAAAAGCCCCCUGCAGCUGCUGGGGGACAGGUCUGUCCGAUGGCAGCUCAUCUCCAUAUCCCUCAUCUUAUGCUGCAACCAGCUGUCGGGCAUUUCUGCAAUCAACAUCUUUUCUUUUGACAUCUUCAUGGAGGCGGGCAUUCCAAGAGACAUGAUCCGUUACAUCACUCUUGGUCUUGGAGUAUCUGAAAUAAUCACCUUAAUCUCCUGUGGUCUGAUGAUUGAGCGUACAGGGAGGAAGCCAUUGUUGUGGGGGGGAUAUGGUGUCAUGUGUGUCUGUUGGUUGUUGGUAACUGUCACGAUGAACCUGAAGGAUUCCAACUAUUGGGCUCCUUAUCUUGCUGCUGCUUUGAUCAUCAUCUUCAUCAUCUUCUUUUGUGGAGGGCCUGGGGGAGUGAUAUCUACUCUCAACACUGAGUUAUUCAUCCAGUCCAAUCGAGUGGCAGCGCUCGUCCUCACAGGAAUCCAACGUUGGUUGAUGUUCGUUGUUGUGGGUCUAGUCUUUCCAUUCCUUAUUACUGCCCUCGGCUCAUACUCCUUCGUGCUGUUCGGCUGUAUGUGCCUGCUGGGUUUUCUGUACACCUUCUUCGUCCUGCCGGAGACAAAAGAGAAGACGCUGCUGGAGAUCUCUGAGGAAUUCAAAGCCAUCACUGUCUGUGGAAAAUCCUUUGCAGAGAACAAGAUUGUGGAGACCAAGUUGUAAGGCCAACCAGAUACAGUAGCUUUACAAACUGUUGUAUGGAAUGAACUGAAGGGACAAUAUUUGGGCUUUGUUAAAGUCUUUUUAGGUGAUUUCAUUGGUAUCAACCGACAAAAACCUUAUCAUGAAAGGUGGCAUUCGUCCCGCUUCAGGUGGAUGUGGAUCUCAUAUCUACAAAUCUGACUGAGUUUAUUAUCAUACCAUGACAACCCAGGGUUGCAGUCAUACAUGAUUCUCUGCACUUCUAUUAGAGCAGUCACCCAACCAAAACCCUAUAGAGACUGUGUCUGUCCCCCAACCAACAACAUUCAGUACAUCACUUGUAAACAGAGGAAUUUUACAUUUAAACAUAAUGGAAAUUAUGAAUAUGUAUUGUGACCAGUGAAACCUGGUUGCAGCAAGAUCAAUAUCUUAGUCUAAAUGAAUAACAUCCCUUACUUUAUCAAAGGUAUUUCAACGAGUAAAAAGUGCUGGAUGGGUUAUGAUCUGUCAAAUACAACUAUCAAGAAUGAAAUCAAUUCAUUUUGAGGCAAAAAACAAUCUUUCAGUCACACGGUAGGAGCUGUAAUCACUUUUUGGCAGGUGAAAUUUGGCCUUUUAUGGGUUUAAUAGCCCUUUUAAAGGUAUUUCAACAGGUAAAAAGGGCUGGAUGGGUUAUGAUCUGUCAAAUACAACUAUCAAGAAUGAAAUCAAGUCAUUUUGAGGCAGAAAUAAUGUUUCAGUCAAACAAUAGGAGCUGUAAUUAUUUUUGGCAGGUGAGAAGUCAUCUUUUGUGGGUUGUAUAGCCCCUUAUAAGGUAUUUUAACAGGUUAUAAUCUAGGACAGAGCAGGUAAAAUAAUGCAGUCAAAAGGAUAAAAACAUUUCUUUAUUUUGUACAUAACCCAUUAUCAUAUAUUGUGUUAAUUCCAGUGUAUAUUAGACAUACAAACCUUAUAAACAAUAGGAUCGUAUUUCCUAUGAGCAAACCAUGCCUGAUCACGCCAUAAACAGCUAAAACUUUCAGCCACAAUUGUGAUUGUUCGGUUACAAGAAACGCUAAAGUUUCCCAAAGAAAUCAUGACAUAUUGAUAUUACUACGGUCAUAAAGUCGUGUAUAUGUGCCCGGUAUGAGAGUUUGAGCCAGAUAAAUGCAGCUGUAUACGUUUAUAAACUGGGCGAUACAGCUUUAAGCUGGAUCGGGCCGUCCGUACGAGAUAUAACUGACUGACAGUCUGAAAAUUAACUUCAUUUCUUUGAAGAACACAAAACCUGAUAGUUGAAAUUAAUGAAAAUCAUAAUACAGACAGAAUAAUGCAAAGAAUGAUAUUUUCAAAAGAAGCCACUUUCCCUCUUUCUUGUAAUAGUAUGUGGGUGGAGGUCGUCAGUGUCUAUACAACACAUAAAUGCAUUGUAAGGAUAUAAGUGGUGGUGAUCAUCAUUCAUACUCAUACAUUCAUACUUAUGUUUGAAUGAUUAAAUUCAGCACACAAUUGUUUACUAGUACAGUAUAAAGUUCUUAUCGGAUCUAGCCUCCUAAACGUGUAUCAAAGUUCACCAGAUUGAUGGAUUUAACUUUGAAAUGUACAAAAUUUUCAGUCAGACAAAUUUCAAUCAGUCGAUUUUAGUCAAUUUAAUGGACAGGUUAUACAUUUAAAUAAAUGUAUGUUGUGGACAUCA